CUCAACAAAUAUAUUUUACAGAAAAUUACUGCUACAGCAAUCAACCCAAAACUCAUACAGUCUAAAGGUCCACAGUGUGUAUUUUGGUUAAAAGUACUGCAAAUAUUGCAAUGACACCACCUCUGACUUUUAGAUAGUUUCAUGUUUUUUAUAAUAACCUUGGGGGUAGACAAAUGGAUGAAAUCUAAUCUAGUUUCAAACCGAAAGCUUUAACAGUGGUUCUACACCUUCAUUUGAGUCCAGCUGUGUUUGAUUAUACUAAUUGGACUUGAUUAGGAAAGCCACACACUUGUUUAUAUAAGACCGUACAGCUCACAGUGCAUGUCAGAGCAAAUGAGAAUCAUGAGGUCAAAGGAACUGGCUAAAGAGCUCAGAGACAGAAUUGACCUUAUGCACAGCUGCACUACUUCCUGAACUUAAGCCAGCUCCUUGCUUCCUGUCUGCCAUUAUUGGCCAAACUGGAUUAAUUCAGGUGUGUCUGAUUAUUGUUGCCGUGACUACUGAGGUCAGGCACACCUGGAUUAAUCAAUUUGUCCAAUAAUGACAGACAGGAAACAAGGAGCUGGCUUAAGUUCAGGAAGUAGUGCAGCUGUGCAUAAAGCCAAUUGCGACUCGAGUGUGUAUCAAAAUUUCUGAGAGUAUACGAAUAGUGUGAUACAAACUCGCAACUGAGAGAAGAAAAAUGUCAAAUUGUGAGAUAAAAAGUCCCAAAGUCCCCAGCUUCCAUACAUGCGUGCUGCUGGAGAGCGCUGUGCACCUGCCUGCAGCUCUGCGCUGAACCCUCUCCUCCUCCUCCUCCUCGCAGCGGGUCACUCUCAUUAGCUGUGGAUCAAUGAGUGGUUUUGUCCGCUGGAGUUUCCCACGUCCGUGUGCUCUGCUGGCAGUCGCGUGGCUCUAGUCAAACAGAUCAGAGACUAAUUCACAAACAUCUGCCCGUGGUCGAAAGCCCUCUGACAUCUGCUCACAUUCACUGCUGGAGGGUGUAGCCAUACAACUUAUGGCUUAUAUUCUAGGCUGCUCAUUUCUGAUAUAUAGCCUAUUAAUGCAUGUCUCGUGUUUUAUAAAGUGUAAUUUUAUACAGUUCAACUUUUUUGUUUGUCAAACAAUGCCUGUCAUUAAUUUCAGCCAUAUUACUGGGGUCCCGCCUGCUGGCUCUGUGUACCUCUGGGAUUGGAUUUGGUUUCGUUUGGCUCCGUUAAGGACAGGGCAUGAAUACGCUCUGGGUCUCAGGUGUUUGACUGUAACCGAACACAUAUCCUGGGAAUGCCGAGGCACCUUGGAUUUUCAUGUGACACACAAAACGUGUUGUUUCCUUGUAGAACGCCUCUAGGCUGGACAUCUGUUGUUUGCUUUGAGUGGGUCUAUGUGUGUGUGUGUGUUUGGGGGCUCAUGCAUUGAAUAGAGGCGGUGACCUGUCAUUUGUGAGUGAUGGGAGCGAGCGUGUGGGAAAAUAUCUCAGGCAAAGAGCUUGUGCAUUGAGAUGCUAAUGUCCCUCCUAUAAAUAAAGGGCAUGCGCAGCACGGAGGGCCUUAGAAACACCCAGCACUGAGACAGGAGUGAGUGAGACUCAGUCUUUACUGCACAGAAGCCAGUGGAGAUGACUGCAACUAACCUCCAACAGAACGCAGGCCAAAGGCUCAUCAGCGCCAAAGAGGAGAGAAAGCUACGGAAACCCCUCAUUGAGAGAAAGAGAAGGGAAAGAAUAAAUCUCUGUCUUGAUCAGCUGAGAGAGACGGUUGUUGGGGCUUUCAGCCUUGAUCAGUCUAAGCUAGAGAAGGCUGAUAUUCUUGAGAUGACGGUGAAACAUUUGCAGAACAUCCAGGGCAACAGAGAUUCUGACCCCGUUCUGGAUGCAGAGGCUCAACAGAGGUACAGUACUGGGUAUAUCCAGUGCAUGCAAGAAGUUCACAAUCUGCUACUGUCCUGCGACUGGAUGGACAAAACCCUGGGGUCCCGCCUGCUCAACCACUUGCUCAAAUCUCUACCUCGAUCGGCCAAGGACCGCCCUCAGCUCCCCAACUCCCCGACAAGUGUCGCUUCUAGUGAUGAGCUGGACAGUCCAAAAACCUGCCCUCCUUCUCCGGUCUUGUACGAGAGGGCCGUCCAGUCUCAGGAUCAGUGUUCUUCGCCCAUGAGAACGAGCCCUCAUCUCUCAGUUCUAGAGAUGUGGAGGCCCUGGUGAAAUAUCUGUCAUUUUAACAGAUGGUGUCUGCAUGUAUGUUCAUGUAGUGCAUAUGAAUUGGACAUUUUUUUGUACCGAUGUCGACCAAGAAUGUAUGUGUGAAGUAUGCUGUCUCAGUGUGAAUUCACACACAGUUUUUGCUGACUGUGUAGAGCCUCCUCUAAUAUGUAUCUUAUAGAUAUGUUUCACUGCACUCGUGUGUUCGUGAGGUGGAUCUAGUCCAGAAUAGCUCCCAUUUCAGACCCUCUCGACUUCCUCGCUGAAGUAAAGCUACUGUAGCCUACAUUGUAGAAGGCCCCUAUUAAUAAUUUUAUUUAUUUAACUAACACUAUAUAUUUCAAUUAUAGAAUCCUUUAUAAAUUAAACAUUCUUUGUCUACUAAUUCAAUGUAGCAUUUGAAUCCCUAUUACUUAUGUACAGUUUUUAACAAUUAUUAAUAAAGAUGUUGUUUGUAACGUA